GACCACUACUUCGUAUCACUGAGAAGAAGAAGCAUAUGUAGCUUGCUAGCUCAUUCAUAUCUAGUUAUUUUCUAUAGAUUCACAGAAAAAUCCCUCAUGGAAGCCAAAGGGUAUACUCAAGAUGGUACUGUUGAUCUACGAGGACGCCCUGUUCUUGCUUCUAAGACUGGGAAAUGGAAAGCUUGUGCUUUCCUUGUUGGCUAUGAAGCAUUUGAGAGGAUGGCCUUUUAUGGGGUGGCUUCAAAUUUGGUGAAUUACUUAACAACACAGCUCCAUGAAGACACAGUAUCUUCGGUGAGGAAUGUGAAUAAUUGGUCAGGUGCUGUGUGGAUGACACCAAUACUUGGAGCUUACAUAGCAGAUUCCUACAUUGGUCGGUUCUGGACAUUCACUGUGUCAUCACUCUUUUAUGUCAUGGGAAUGAUGCUUUUGACGUUAGCAGUUUCACUCAAAACCUUAAAACCAACUUGUACCAAUGGGAUCUGUAGCAAGGCCUCUGAAUCACAAAUAGCAUUUUUCUAUAUUGCUCUCUACACCAUAGCAAUUGGAGCAGGUGGAACUAAGCCCAACAUAUCAACCUUUGGAGCAGACCAGUUUGAUGACUUUGAUCCUCAUGAGAAGAAGCUGAAGGUCUCAUUUUUCAACUGGUGGAUGUUCAGCUCCUUCUUGGGUGCUCUAAUUGCCACUCUGGGACUUGUUUACAUUCAAGAGAACUUGGGAUGGGGUUUAGGAUAUGGGAUUCCCACAGUUGGUAUCCUAUUGUCUUUAUUUAUCUUCUACCUAGGGACCCCAAUUUACAGGCACAAAGUUAGGAAAUCUAAAAGCCCAGCUAAAGACCUAAUUCAUGUCCCAGUUACUGCCUUCAAAAAUAGAAAGCUUCAGCUCCCUGACAACCCUUCUGAUCUUCAUGAGUAUGAGAUGCAGAAUUACACGAAUAGCGGAAAAAGAAAAAUUCAUCACACCCUAAUGUUCAGGUUCUUGGACAAGGCUGCAAUAAAGGAGGGCACUGCAGACAACUCAAGGCCGCCAUGUACUGUAACUCGAGUAGAAGCAGUCAAACUCGUUCUUGGGAUGAUCUUGAUAUGGCUUGUGACCUUAGUUCCAAACACCAUUUGGGCCCAAAUCAACACUCUCUUUGUCAAACAAGGCACCACUUUAGACAGACGCGUAAACUCAAGGUUCAGCAUCCCAGCAGCCUCACUUGGGAGCUUUGUUACCCUCUCCAUGCUCCUCUCCGUGCCAAUGUACGACCGCUACUUCGUGCCAUUCAUGCGCAAGAAAACUGGCAACCCGAGAGGAAUCACACUCCUCCAACGCCUUGGAAUCGGAUUUGUGAUCCAAGUGGCCGCCAUCGGCAUAGCUUAUGCAGUUGAGGUCCGGAGAAUGCAUGUGAUAAGAGUACAUCACAUUACAGGGCCUAAAGAAGUUGUCCCCAUGAGCAUAUUUUGGCUUCUACCUCAGUAUAUUCUUCUAGGAAUAGCUGAUGUGUUCAAUGCCAUUGGAUUAUUAGAGUUCUUCUAUGAUCAGUCCCCUGAAGAUAUGCAAAGCCUUGGUACAACAUUUUUUACUAGUGGGAUUGGAGUUGGGAAUUUCUUGAAUAGUCUGCUUGUGACAAUGGUUGACAAGAUCACAGGCAGCAAGGGGGCAACCAGUUGGAUUGGAGAUAACUUGAAUAACUGUCACUUGGAUUUAUACUAUGGCUUCCUCUUGGUAAUAUCAAUACUCAACAUUGGGGCCUUUAUUUGGGCUUCAAGUAAGUACAUUUACAAGAAGGAGUUGACUGAAGACGAGGGCUACAUUCAGAUUGAUCGGCUCAAAGCCAAGCCCUUUGACACAUCUCCUUUGGGUUUACAGGUAUGAAAAUGUUUGGUUUAGGCUUAAUCUGGAAAAGUUGUAGUUGCUGGGCCGGAUUACACAUACUAUUGUAUAAUAUAAGCUAUUCGCUUUUCUUUUCUUCUUCUUUUUAUUAAAGGACUUGUUUUUGGA